GCCGUCGUCGCCUCCCAGCGCCACUCUCUCCUCCUGUGCUUGAAAAGGACGAGAAACCAGUCAGACCAGUCCAGACCAGAAAUGGCAGCCGACCGGACCGGGGCGACGCUUGAGGAAACUGACAAAGUUCAUUCAUCAGAUUUGGGGCUUUUUGAGGAUUACGGUGGAAAUGUCCCGAAGAGACAUGCCCGGGUUACCGUCAAGUACAACAGGAAGGAGCUGCAGAGGCGGCUGGACGUGGAGAAGUGGAUCGACGAGAGUCUGGACCGGCUGUACUCGGGUCAGGAGGGUGAUAUGCCAGAGGAGGUGAACAUUGAUGACUUGAUUGACCUGCCAAAUGAUGAAGAGCGAGUCAAAAAGUUACAGGAGCUUCUUCAAAAGUGCAGUAACAACACAAAGACUUUCAUCAGAGAGCUGGUGGCAAAGCUGGAUGGAGUUCAAAAGCAGGACGAGCUGCAGAGCGAAGGCAUCGAGCAUCCAAUCAUCUGCCACAGCCACUACCGCCAUGAGCCCUACCACUUUAACAACCCACAUCAGGACCAUCACUCCCACCACACCCGAGGCCAAAACCAGACCCUCUGAUGACCCCUCCAGCCAAGACAAGCACACACUGUUAUGUCAUGAAAAAAAAGUCAGUUCUAUUGGACUUUGGGAGGCAAAGAAGGAAAAAUCUACUUUAAAACUCACUAAUUCAGAUGUUACAUCUUGACUGUCUGUUGGCUGCCUGGCAACCUCAUAGUGAUAACAAGACUUCAGGAAGAUCACUGCUUAUUGCCUGCUGUAAAAACGCAGCAGCAACAAUUCUGAUAUUUCCCAAAAUGUCAAACUAUUCUUUUAACCACUUAUUAAAGGAACAGUUGUUUGUGGCGUAUCUCAUGGGUGGAUAAUUGAAUUAAUAUAGACAGAAAUUUACUAAACUCUUAAGAUAAUCUCAGAACAAAGGCUUCAAACUCGAGAUGCCUCUAGCACAAUGCAUAACAUCAUAGAAAUAUACAUUUCCACUCACAGUAUUCCCAAAAUACUUUUUAUUUGCAACUUGUGACUCUCACUUUUACUCGACUGGAAAAGGCUGUCAUUAUCUGGCUUUGACUAUUAUCAUCACAGGUUCCAUGUAUACAUAGUUGGAUGUAAUAGUUUUUGAAACUAACUGAUAAAGUUUCUGAUGAAAGUAGAUGAAGGAAAGCAGAUUUAACAAAAAAAUAGAAUAUACCUCUCUUUAUUUUAAAAUAAUAUCCUGCUACACAUCACUGAGUUGUGACAGUUUUUGAAUGUUCCACCUUCCACUGAACACAUCAACAUGUCAAAUGCACCACUUUUUAGAUAUGACUGCCAGAUUAGAUGCAUAUAUACUACAAUUUAUUUAACAUUGGUUAGCUUAUGAAGGUCAUGAAUGUUAUUUAUUGUCAAGAUAACAAGACAUAGAGGUAAAGCCAAUAAAAGCCAGAAUAAUGUAACACUGGACUGCAUGGCUUACACACAUUUUAAAUAGUGAUUCAUCCUUUCAAUUUUGGAGUUGUAUUGUUACUACAUUUUCAGUUUUGUCAAUACAUUCACUAACUUUUGAUUCUUCAAAGACAUUAGUUGUUUGCAGGAAUUGCUAAUAAAAUUAUUUAUGUCACUGUU